GUAGAAUGUAAACAAAGAUGGCCGACGACGUUGCAACAAAAGACAAAGCAAAAAAGAAUAAAAAGGCCAGGCCAAAGUCUGGGAAGGCAAAACAGGAAGAUGAAAUUCCACUCGCGGAUCUGAAGGGCAGCAGUUCUAAGUUUGACCAGCUCCUUCAGCAGGCAGUGGAUCAGGCCACAGAUGGAGCCAAAAAGAAGAAAAAGAAGAAGGCCGAGACAGAGGCAGUGCUGGAAUCUCUGAGGAAAGGAGAAGGUUUACAGAAGGAGGAGGAUGCCGCCAUUAAAGCUAACACCUACGACCCAGACAACAGUCCGAAAAAUGAAAAAAGUAACAAACGACGACAGAAACUACAGGAGCAAGCAAAAGACAAUUCAGCUUUUGUAAAUGAUGAAGAGAAAGUUGAUAAUACAAAGAAGAAGAAAAAGAAAAAGCCCACCGAGAAAAUUGACACUGACACACUGAUUGAAGACAAAACCAUGACAAUAGAUGAGCUAGCUACAACACCAAAGAAGAAGAAAAAGCCACCAGAUGGGGAGACUACAACAGAAACUCCAACAAAGGCACCCAGGAAGAAAAAGAAAGAAGUCGUCUCCGGAGAUGAGAGACCUUUGUCUCCAGCAGACAGUGAACUCGCAGAAACAGGAAAGAAGAAGAAAAAGAAGCCUGCAGCGAAAAGUGAAGAUGAGCAGCCAUUGUCAGAACCGACAUCUCCAGCAAGGCCAGAGACAAAGAAAAAGAAGAAGAAAAAUGUAGAGGCAAGUGAAGAAGAACGUCCUAUGUCUCCAUCUGAAGAGUCGAUGACUGCUCCCAAGAAAGGGAAGAAGAAGAAGAAAGGUGAAGAGACUGAAGAUGAGGACACCAGACCUUUAUCACCCUCUGAGGAGUCUGUACCUCCUACACCAACCAAGACCAAAGGCAAGAAGAAGAAGGGGAGAGAGGCUGAGGAAGAGAGACCCAUGUCACCCUCUGAGGAGUCUGUGGUAUCAGAGACAGUGGGGAAGAAGAAGAAGAAAAAGAAAGAGGUCAAGGCUGAGGAGGAGGAGGAAGAGCAGACAGAGGAGAAGGCUGCAGUCAAACAGAAGAAGAAGAAAAAGAAGAAGGGGGAAGAGGAGGCAGAGGAAGGGGAGGAUCAAGAAGAAGGAGAGGAGGAUUUAUCACCAGAUGAAGAAACAGAAGUCAAAAAGCCAGCCAAGAAAAAAGACAAGAAAAAGAAAAAGGAGCCAGUGGAUGAGGCGGAGUUGGAGCGGAGACGGGAGGAGCGGAUGAAGGUGGAAGAUGAGGGGGAGGUGUUAUCGGUGACGAUCCACCGAACGGACAAACUAAAGAACGACUUCCACAUCCUCCACCCGCUGGUCAGGGUCCACAUAGUGGAUGAGGAGACAGGGACCUACCUCCACAAACAACACAAGGACAGAGCAGUGACUGCCUUUUUUGAGACAGAGAAUGAACAAGUGGACAAAAUCCUUCCAAUCAUGACCCAACCAUUUGAUUUUAAGGAGAGGAAGUCAGUGGUGCCUGUCUGGGAAGAGCUGCUUCUGUUCAAUGAGAACUUUAACUACUUUAUAGAGACGGAUCUUAAAGUCAUUGUCUUCUUUGAGGUGCUUGAUUUUGUGAGUAUGAACACAGCCAGUAAACAGUUCUCCAGCCAAAAAAGAGAGGGGGGCUGGUACAGAAUAGCAUGGGCUUUCUUAAAGAUACGUGGAAAUAAUAACAAAUUGAAUGUUGGUUCCAAAGUGAGGCUGCAAUUAUUUGUCCCUCCCAGCAGCUCCCACCCAAAACCCAACCAGCUAGAGGUUUACCAGUGGUGGAGCAGUAUGAAGAGGGAGCCCUACCCCUCCACUCUGUACGUCACCAUCAAAGGGAUCCAACCCCCGCGGGACGUGGAACCCGCCCUCAUGAGGUCCAUGUUUGCUACACAGGAGGAGGUGGGCCACCGUACAUACACAGACCUGAAGAAAAGUACACAAUGGGGAGAAAAGAAAAAGGGGGAACACAAGUCUUUGUCCUCCUGGUCACGGUUGGCUGGUCAGACCUGCCGGAUUCCCAACACCCUCCAUGCUACCCUCCCCGCGGGAAGAAAGGGCUGUUUUAUGCUCCGGUUCUCACACGAUGGGCGGAGCUUGGCUUGUGCCUGUAAUGACAGGGAUCAAUAUCCUAUAUUUAUUUAUGAGGUGCCAUCAUUUGAGCUGAAAGGAAAAUUAAAAGGUCACUUUGGUCUGGUGUAUGAUCUGUGCUGGUCUAAACGAGACACUCAUCUUCUGUCUGCAUCCUCAGAUGGAACGGCAAGACUUUGGAACAUGGACAAUUUUGAAUUCUCGGAGAAACUCCUCCCCCACCCUGGCUUUGUGUACACGGCCAAAUUCCACCCCCGACUGGACACGGUAAUCGCCACGGGAGGUUACGACCAGGUGAUACGGGUCUGGGACGUCAGUGGACCAGAGCAACAUGGAGUUCUGAAGCAAGAAAUAGAGGACCACAGAGGGCUAGUUAACACACUGAUAUUUGAAGAAGAUGGUGGGAAGAUGUAUUCUGGUGACAGUGCAGGAAAUGUCCUGAUAUUCAAUGUGUUUGUUGGUGAACAAGAACCUAGAUUAGGAUGGGAAAGAGACUGGACCAUAUUCCGUAAAAUAGAUGACCCUGAGCUUAAGGAUGUCCCCAUAAACUGUCUGACCCUCCAUCACAAUGGGAGACGACUCCUGGUACACAGCAGGGACAACAUCAUCAGAAUGUUUGACCUCAGGGUACAAAGAGUGAUGCAGAAGUACAUUGGAGCCCUGAACUUUAGAGAAGAAAUCCACAGUACCCUGACUCCCUGUGGGUCAUUUGUCUUUGCUGGGAGUGAGGAUAACUUUGCUUAUGCCUGGAACACAGAGACUGGUGACCAGGUAGCGAUGUUUUCGGAGUUGAAUUAUCAGUACCCUGUGACGGAUGUGGAGUAUCACCCUAGAGACCACAUGAUGGCGCUGUGUUCCCUCGGUGACAACCAACCAAUCCUUAUCUACAACUACGAUCCUCACAUUGCUCAGAUAGAUGCGGGAUUAUCCCCGAGACAGAUCAAUGUACCCGAGUACACUCAGCCCGAGGAGAUUCCACAUACUUCUACAUUACCUGGUUCCCCUAGAAAGGAGGACACAGGAAAAACCACAUCAAGUCUAGGAACCAGAAUUCUGACAAAAGAUGAAUUCCAGGCACAUGCUACUGCUAGAUUUGAGAAAGUGAUGAGAAAACUCAACAGUGCUACAGCUCAGAUAACCUCCCCUGCUAUGGACCUGCCCGGUGUUCCACUGUCCACCCCCCGCAUGGGACACACAGGAUUGAUGAUGGGUUCCAUGACCCCCAGAACCAUGAUGGCCUCUCCCCAGGCCUUCUCGCCCCAUGCCUCUCGUACUAUGACUGGUAUCAUGCAGCAGCAGCAGUUCUCCAAUCAGAACCUGUAUCUGAAGACCGGGGAUACUGACUGGAGGCCUGGGUUUACUGAGGUUGGUCGCCAUGGUGCAAGAAGCUCCAGUCCCACAUUUGUAGGCAGACCCCCAACUAUCGCCCUAACACAGCAACAAGGAGGAAAGGCUCAGUUUUCCUUCCAAGCACCUGCUGGUAAAUCAGUCAGCCAGAAACAGGUGGUAGCCCUGUAUGACUACAGAGCCCAGCGUUCUGAUGAGCUGACAAUAUUUAAGGGGGAUGUUAUUACCGUACUUUAUAAAGACAACGACAACUGGUGGAUGGGAGAGCUGCCUGACGGUCAGCAAGGAUUCUUUCCCUCCAGCUAUGUUGCCGAAGAGGAUUCAGAGAGCAUCACUGACAACAGACCUGUAGACGACAGUGAUGAGGACGAGGAUGAUGAAACAGCUGUCAAAAAGAAGUACACAGCCUACAGAACUAAGACCGGGGAGCUGAAGUUUCUCUCUGGGGCUGAAGAAUCAGAUGAGGACUUACUAGAAGCCAAGCCAAAAAAAAAGAAUCGAGGAAAUGCAGAUGAAGGAAGUGAUAUAGGCUCGACUGGAACCCUGGACAGCAAAGGAAAGAGGAAGAAACAGGUCGUCAUUAACGAGUCAACGGCCUGAGUACA